AUGCUGGGGAGCCUCGCAGGCCAGCUGGAGAAGCCAUUCACGCUGGCGGCAGCGAGGGAUGGAAGCAGGGAACACGGCUACCCCUUUCAGAAAGCUCAAACAUUUUAUACCUUUCCGUUUCAACACAUGCUGGCCGAGGUUCCUCUGAUGGAUACCAUGAGCCAACAGCCAAUGCCGGCUGAAGUUCCACUCCCAACCCCCGCCCAGGAGCUUGCGCAAGAAGCCCCAAAAAGAAGAAAGAGAAAACCCAGAACAACAGAACCCAAGAAGCCAGCAGAACCCAAAAAGCCUGCCACACCCAAGAAAUCUGGCAAGUCCGCAAAGGCUAAAGACAAACAAGAGAAAAUCACCGAUACAUUUAAUGUCAAAAGGAAAGUAGACCGCUUCGGUAGGGUGUCAGAAGCUGAGUUCCUGACCAAGACUCUCCCCGACAUCUUGACUUUCAAUCUGGAUAUUGUGAUGAUUGGCAUCAACCCAGGACUCAUGGCUGCGUACAAAGGCCAUCACUACCCUGGACCCGGAAACCACUUCUGGAAGUGUCUGUUCAUGUCCAGGCUGAGCGAGGUGCAGCUCAAUCACAUGGACGACCACACCCUGCCCGGGAAGUAUGGGAUUGGAUUCACCAACAUGGUGGAGAGGAUGACUCCUGGCAGCAAGGAUCUUUCCAGUAAAGAAUUUCAUGAAGGCGGACGUAUUCUAGUGCAGAAAUUACAGAAAUAUCAGCCACGAAUAGUGGUGUUUAAUGGAAAAUGUAUCUAUGAAAUCUCUAAUAAAGAAGUGUUUGGAAUGAAGAUUAAGAAUUUAGAAUUCGGACUACAGCCUCAUAAGAUCCCAGACACUGAAACACUGUGCUACGCCAUGCCAUCGUCCAGCGCCCGGUGUGCUCAGUUUCCUCGUGCCCAAGACAAAGUACAUUACUACAUCAAACUGAAGCACCUGCGGGACCAGCUUUAGGGCGUGGAACGAAACACUGACAUUCAGGAAGUGCAAUAUACAUUUGACUUACAGCUCGCCCAAAAGGAUGCAAAGAAGAUGGCUGUGAAGGAAGAGAAGUAUGACCCAUGCUAUGAAGCAGCGUACGGUGGUGCUUACGGGGAGAAUGUCUGCCAUCGCGAACUAGGGAGCUGUUCUUCCAACGAGCUCACAGCCGAGGGUGCAGAAUUACACGGAGAAUCAACGCUAAGUGACAAUCCAAACGGGCAGUGGAUGACCCAGUCAUUUACAGACCAGAUCCCUUCCUUUAAUAGCCCCUGUGAAACGCAAACUCCGGAAGAAGGAAACCAGGCCUAAGGAUCGCGUUUCUCAAUGCUGCUGAA